ACCAAAUGACUAUGCAAACUUCCUGCGCAUGGACCAUAAAACAUUUGAAGAUUUAUUAACAUUGCUAAGACCUCGCAUAGCAAAGCAGGAUACCGUUAUACGUAAAUCUAUACCAGCUUCUCAAAGAUUAUCUAUAACCUUGAGAUACCUGGCUAGUGGCGCCGAUUUUGAAGACCUAAAAUUUCAAUCCCGCAUUGCACCACGUACACUGAGCGGCAUUAUCAUUGAAACUUGUGAAGCAAUAAAUGAAAAAUUAAGCAAUAUUCAGAUACCCAAAACACAAGAAAGUUGGAAAAUAUUGGCACGACAAUUUGGAAAUUCAUGGAACUUUGAUAAUUGCAUUGGAGCUGUAGAUGGAAAGCACAUCACUUUACAAAAACCUGAGAAAUCCGGUUCCUAUUAUUAUAAUUAUAAGGGAACACACAGCAAAGUGCUUAUGGCCAUAGCUAAUGCAAAUUAUGAAUUAAUCAUGAUUGAUGUCGGUACAAAUGGUAGAGUGUCAGAUGGAGGAGUAAUUAAAAAUACAAAAUUUUAGAACAUGUUUGAGAGCAACCAGUUGCGUAUUCCAGAGCCACAAGAAUUGCCACUUUAAUAAAAAAUGCCAUUUGUAUUUGUAGGCAAUGAAGCUUUCCAACUUCAUCCAAAUUUUAUGAAACUCUACAAUAAGCAGGUUUUAAAUGAUAACAGAAGGAUUUUCAAUUAUCGUUUAUACCGUGCUCGGCGAAUAAUUGAAAAUGUAUUCGGCAUUCUUGCGAGUCGUUUCAAGAUUCUCCAAAAACCUAUCAAAUUAUCUCCUACAAAAGCUAAAAUUGUAGUAAUAGCGUAUUGUCAUUUGCACAAUUUACUAAUGAAACAAAAAAACUACAUUAGGAAUGGAGAUGAAGACAUGGAAGAUUGUGUUACUGUCAUACAAGGUUCUUGGAGAAAUGAGUCAAAUCAAUUGUUGAAUAUCGAACGUACACUUGCAUAAAUCCGUCAUUUUUUUGAUCGCUUUCAUUCUCUUGUAUCCAUAUAGUCUUUUGAUUUUAUUCUCCACAGCAUCGACAUGUCGUGAUAGGUGAACUCCAAGGGGAGUAUGAAGCUCUUAUUAUUCCUUUUUCUAACAUUUAAUUAAUUUGUUUUUGUACUUCUUUAUGUAUAUAUGGGUAUCUAUAAGAUUUCACGUGUGCCGGAAUCUCGUCAGUUGUCUAUCGAAUGUUUUAUUUUAGAUGUAAAAGUUAGCGGAUCUCUUGGUUUCAAAAAGAUAUCAGAAAAUUCUUUACAUAAUUUAAUUAUAUUAUUUUUUUCUUCAUCAUUUAUAUGAUUGGUUCGAAUUAAUUUACUUAUAUCUAUUUUGUGUUGAUUAUAUUUUUGCUGAUUACAUUUUUCUUUUUU